AGGUGCGUGGCGUCAGUGCUUAGUUACCACACCUGCCAGGAAGAAAAAGAUUUCCUAACUUGGUUACCACAUUCACCCAGAGACGGAGGAACUCGUUUUAAACGUGAUUUUAGAGGUUGUUUGUAACGUUUUAAGUUUACGUUUUGUGGAGGACUUGGUGGUUUAGAAGCUGAGGGUGAAAAGGCAGAGGUGAAGGCGGGAAAUGGGUAAGAAAGAGGAGAAGAACCCGGAGAGUGAGUAUGGAGAACCUGGUCAGUUUGACCCAACCUUCAAAGGACCCAUAAAGAAAAGGGGGUGUACUGAUAUAAUUUGCUGUAUCUUGUUUAUGGUCGUCAUCCUGGGCUACAUAGGAGUCGGGAUUUUAGCUUGGCUCUAUGGAGAUCCUAGGCAUGUUCUUUAUCCAAGAAACUCCACCGGAUGGUUCUGUGGCAUUGGGCCAAAUAAAGACCAACCCAAUGUGUUCUACCUUGACUUUCUCAAAUGUGCCACAUCUUUUAAUAUUAUGGCGUCCACGCUUAAUGGUUUACAAUGUCCAACCACGCAGGUGUGUGUGAACAGUUGUCCCUCAACGUUCUGGGCUGUACAGAUAGGGGAUUAUUUUCCAGGUGUGAAGCCAGCAAAUGUUUUCAGUCAGAAUCUCUGUGUGCCAACUAUAGACCUGGCCACUACCGAUCUGACUGUUAAAGAAAUCGUGGACAGGGAGCUGUGUCCUUAUUUCUACCCGCCUACAACCCCUGUGCUGGGGAGAUGUUUGCCUGAUUUCUCCACACUGAGUUCAAUUCCUCCAAGCUUCACCAAUGUUUCGGGUUUAUCAGUCAACACCACUGUCGACAUAAUAAAGAAUGGCACUGGGAAUAUCGUUAAUGGCUUCAACGCCAGAGAGAUCAGUGUCAGAAUCUUUGCGGACUUUGCAUCGUCAUGGCCGUGGAUCCUUGUUGGUCUGCUAAUAGCUAUGAUGGUCAGUAUGCUGUUCCUGUUGCUGCUGAGAUUCACUGCUCCAGUCAUGGUGUGGGUGCUCAUCAUUGGACUCCUGGGCACUGGAGCAUAUGGGAUAUGGCAUUGCUACUGGGAGUAUGCCAACUACAAGAACCUAAACGCUUCCAUCAAAAAUGUCGGUUUCACCACCAAUUUCGCUGUUUAUCUGCAAGUCCAAGAGACUUGGCUGGCUUUCUUGAUAAUCAUAUCUGUGGCAGAGGCGAUCAUUCUCCUGACCGUUAUUUUCCUGCGGACCAGACUCCUCAUCGCCAUCGCCCUCAUCCAGGAGUCCAGCAAGGCAAUCAGUUACAUGAUGUGCGCUAUGCUGUACCCCCUGGUCACGUUUGCUCUCCUGCUGGUGUGUGUUGCUUACUGGGGCGCCACUGCUUUAUAUUUGGCCACGUCAGGGAGGCCAGUCUAUAAAGUGGUGGCUCUCAACUCCUCCGCAAGUGGCUGUAAUGGUAUCAAUGGCACCAUGAACUGUGACCCUCAGAACUUCACCUCCUCAGAUUACCCAGACUGCCCCACAGCUAGCUGCAUCUUCAUCAACUACAACAACGAGGGUCUCUUCCAGAGGAACCUCUUCAACCUGCAGAUCUACAAUGUGGUGGCUUUUCUCUGGUGUGUCAACUUUGUCAUCGCUCUGGGGCACUGUACGCUCGCGGGGGCCUUUGCCUCCUACUACUGGGCCUUCAGCAAACCAGGCGACAUCCCCAUGUUCCCUGUGUCUGCCGGCUUUAUACGCGCUCUCAGGUACCAUGUGGGCUCCUUGGCUUUUGGUGCUUUGAUCCUGACCCUGGUGCAGAUAGCGAGGAUGAUCCUGGAGUACAUUGACCACAAAACAAAAGCGGCGCAGAAUGCAGUUGCCCGUUUCAUAAUGUGUUGCCUGAAGUGCUGCUUGUGGUGUCUGGAGAAGUUCAUCAAGUUCCUCAACAGGAAUGCUUACAUCAUGAUUGCCAUUUAUGGGAAAAACUUUUGUGUCUCAGCCAAAAAUGCCUUCAAGCUGCUGAUGAGAAAUAUAAUCAGGGUUGUGGUGCUCGAUAAAGUGACGGAUUUGCUGCUGUUCUUUGGGAAGCUCCUGGUGGUUGGAGGAGUAGGUGUUCUGUCCUUCUUUUUCUUCUCUGGACGUAUACAACUGCCGGGCGACAUCUUCCGCUCGCAAAGCCUCAACUACUACUGGAUGCCAAUUAUUGUGGUGGUGUUUGGUAGCUACCUCAUUGCUCAUGGAUUCUUCAGCGUGUACAACAUGUGUGUCGAUACACUCUUCCUCUGCUUCUUGGAGGACUUGGAGCGUAAUGAUGGAUCUGUAGAGAAACCGUACUAUAUGUCCAAAAACCUCAUGAAGAUCCUCCACAAAUCCAACAAGGCACCAAAAAAAGAUAAAGGGAAGGACUGAAGACCCAGAUUUUUAGCAUAUCUUUGUAACUUUUAACACAGUCUUCUUCCAAAUGCA